AAAAUAGAAUAUUUUUUAUAGAUUUUGCAAGUUCAACAUCAAAUGUGUCUGUUAAAUAAUUUAAGUAUAAAAAUAUUUGCAAAACAUAAUGGAAAUGGUUACACAAGAUGUAAAAAGUGAAGCAACCUUCGACAAUGAGAAAGUUUCAAAAAGUGAUGAUGAAAUUGACAACCACGAUGUAAAUAAUGUAAAAGAAGUGCAAUGCAAUAGUGUUAACAAGAAGUUAAUGCGGCUUGCAAUUGAUGCAAGAAACAUCUCAAAACGCCAAAGCUACUUGCAUGAUGAAACUGCAUCUUUAGCAAGCAAUAAGUUUACCUUUUCGGACUCAUUAAAGGAAAAGCCACAAGUAUCUAUAUUGUCUAUUACCCAGAUUCAAAACUCUCGCUUUCCUCGUAUAGAAGAAAUGUCACACUUUCAUUACAGUAAUGUUGAUUUUGGUGGUUCUGUAACAAUCAGUGUAAACAUUGAACAAAGUAUGCAACUGUCAAGUUCAUGGGAAAUGUUUGCUGUUGAAGUAGUAAGUAAAGAAAAAUGGACUUUAAAACGAAGUUAUGAAGAUUUUGUUGGGCUUGAUAGGAUGUUACACAGGUGUCUUUAUGGAAGAGGAUAUAGUAAAUUGCCUGAAUUAAAAGCAUUAGAUGAUGGAGAGUCAGUUUCGUAUGAUAUGGCACAAAUGCUUCAAGCCUAUGUAAAGCAAUUCUCUGAUGUAUCAGGAAACAAUAUAAAUUGUGGACCUGUUUUAAAUUGGCUCGAGUUGGAUAACCAUGGCAACCACCUUUUUGUCAUGGAAGCUGAUGACUCAGCAAUAAAUGUUCCAGCUAUAGCUGCUGGGAGAGUGAUUAAGCGUUACCAAUCUCAAGCCCCUGAUGAAAUGACUUUGGAUGUUGGUGAAUUUAUUUCAAUUAUUGACAUGCCCCAUGUUGAUGAAACAGUAUGGUGGAGAGGAAAAAAGGGUUUUGAAGUUGGAUUCUUUCCAUCUAACUGUAUAGAAGUUCUUGGCGAAAAAGAUGUCAAUGACAAAGCUGUAUCUAAUAUUCAUUUGCGACCGUUAAUUAAGCGACGUGGUAAAUUAGUUAGUUUCCUUCGGUUUUUUUUUAAAUCGCGUCCAAGUAAAGAUGAACUUAUGCAGCAUGGUAUUUUACGGGAGCGUGUGUUUGGAUGUGAUCUUGGAGAGUAUUUGGCUUUAACUGGACAUGAUAUUCCAAUUGUUUUGGAAAUGUGUUCAAAAUUUGUUGAAGAACAUGGUAUUGUUGAUGGAAUUUAUAGAUUAUCAGGCAUAAUGUCGAACCUUCAGCGAUUGAGAGUUGCUUUUGACAGUCAGGAAAAACCUCCCAAUUUGGAAGACCAAAAAUACUUAAAUGAUAUACACUGCAUAUCAUCACUUUUAAAAACAUACUUUAGGGAACUACCAAAUCCACUUUUUACUUAUGAACUUUACACAAAGUUUGUGGCUGCUAUCAAUAAAGAGGGUGAUACUGAAAAAACAGUUGCUUUUCAUCAUGUCAUCCAAAGACUGCCUCCUCCUCAUUACAGAACUAUGCACUAUUUAUUUCUACAUUUGAAUGUGUGUGCUCAACAUUCUAAUAAAACAAAUAUGACAGCCAAAAAUCUGGCUAUUGUAUGGGCUCCAAAUUUACUAAGACCAAAUAUUGAUGACUCUGUUGGUGCAUUGGCUGAAUUUCGCACACAAGCAAUUAUUGUAGAAUAUAUGAUACGUAAUGUUAAGGUGUUCUUUGAUAAAAAUGCUGCAUCUGCAACUAUUGCCUAUUAUCCUGAAAAUCAAGAUGAGAAUCAACUAGAAGAACAGAAGUCCAUUUAUGGUUCAGUGUCUCGCAUUUUUCAACCAACUGUAGUUGCAAAACUGAUAUCGCUUGAUGAAGCGAGAGAGCGAGUUCGAAAUGUGAGCAUUCGUAAAGCAUCUUAUUCACCAUCAACUGAAAGCAAUUUAUCCUCCAAUAGUUAUCCUAAAUUACAUUCAACUGCACAACCUCUUAACAUUGCUGCUUCGCCUAUAUCUCCUCUGCCUAGUUUAUUAUCACUUGAAGAAGCACAAGCACGCAGUAAAGCAGCUUUCUUAUCUAACCAACGGUCUUCAUCCGAUGUAGGGAUGCUUCAAACAACUACAAUGUCACCUAAACGAAGUCGUAAAUGGCUUGGUUUGUUUUCUCGUGCUAAAUCAGCUAGCCCAAGCCAACCAGUCGAAAGAAGUAACAAGCAUCCUUCUGUUUAUAAAUUAAUUAGUUCUCCUCAGCGUUCUAUAAGCGAAAUAAAUAUACAUAAUCUUCGUAAACAACAGAUUGAACACACUGCUCUUCUACAUACAGCAUCAGAGGAUAAUUUGCAGAAAAAAGAUAUUGUACAACACAAAAGAACAUCAGUACAAUCAGCAUCUUUUGAUCACACUGAUGCUGACUAUUUACCUUUUUGCAAUAGGGAAAGUGAUGAUGAUUCUUCUAUCAUGUCUGCUAUUGAGGUUGUUAGUAAGAAAUAUUUAGGAAUUUCAAAAUCUGAUCAAAAUGUUAAACAAACAAUAAAUUUUUCGCCUGAAGAUUCAAAAAUACAAAUCAAAAAUGAUUAUGAAAAGGAAAUGAAAAAUGGCAAUCUUAUUUCUGAUUUUCAACCUCAAAAUAAUCAGGAGGUAGGUCAAACGAAUCAGGUAGGUCAACAUGAUGAGCAAUCUCCUGACCGCAUACAUCUUCCAUUAACAACCAUUGAUAAUGACUUGCCAAUUAAAAAAUCAAGAUCACUUUCACCUGAAAAUUUAUUGUUGCAUAAAAACAAAUCUAUAAGAGCUAAAAGCCUACAGUUUGGUGAUAAGUUCAAUGAUGAAGUGAAGGAUCAUUCUCUGAGUACAAGAUCAUCUUUAGUUUUCCAAAGUGAGUCCAAUGAUUCUUUUACUAAAAAUACUCCUUUAUACACCAUGGGUUCAAACAAUUCUAGAAAAUCAUUUUCUGGAAGUUCUUUCCAACUUGUGGCUACUCCAUGCUCUUUAACUACAGAUUCAUCAUUAACUGAUGAGAAGCGAGAAAAAAAUCUUGUUUUUGCUCAUCCACCCAACACUUCUGUGGUUCAUCCCUUUUUAGCAAAUCGAAAAUCUUGGAUUGAUAAAGCUGGUCCACCACAUUUCUCAAAAACUGCCUUAAUGAACGAGUCAUCAGAAAAAAAAGUCAUAAACAAUGAUUUUAAAAUAUUAGCAGGAAAAAAAUAUGAGUUACAUCGACCAAGUACUAGGAACUCUUUAAAGUUUGACCAGAUGUCACAAAUUUGUAGUUCUUUAGAUCAAAAAGACAAUAAUGGUAUUGUAAGCAACAACAUAAACGACAAUAAUGACAUUGUAAGCAACAAUAUAAACGACAAUAAUGAUAUUGUAAGCAACAAUAUAAAAAGCUUUAAAACAUCAGAUUCUCAAUCACCUUAUACAAAUGAAUUUUCGACAGAAAAUCAAACGUAUGAAGAUAAUGUUCAAACGAAACCUUUACUUAACUCACCAAAAGAACGUUCGUCAAUCUUGCUUGAUUCUUCCAACCAAGAAAUUUCACGAGUCUUACCGGAUCAUUUAAAACAUGAGGAUUUGCAAAAGGUUUUAGUAAGGUCUACAGAAGAAAAUAUGAAACUAAACAAGGUUAUUGACAAGCAAGAUUCAUCAAACAGUAUAAAAUCUUGUGAAAGUCAAUUAUAUAACCAGGACAGUUUAAAGUAUUCCGUCUCUAUACCUAACGAUUCUUCAGUAAAUGUUUCUUUAGGUGCUCCAUGUAUUUAUACCAAUAGACUAGACAAUUCAAAAACAAUUUGUGUCGAAAAGUUUGUAGGUGAUAGUAAUAAGGUACCUACAAGUGACAGUAAUAAACUUCCGACAGCUGAAAGUUGUAACCCAUCAACCAGUGGUGGUAAUAAUGUAACAACAAGAGACAGUAUUAAGGUACGAACAACUUUUGGCACGCAUAAGGAUUAUUUAAAGUCAAAAAGUUUAAGUAGCGUUGAUGUGUCUCAAUAUUCGUAUCCUAUGAAAUUUUAUCAAAAACCUAAAGAAAAGAUCUCUCUUCCCUUGAAAGGUAAUUCCAAAAUUGAAAAAGAAAAAAGGCAUUCCCAGCUGGAUAACAUGGAAUCAGAAAUGAUUUAUCGUUCCUGUUCAUUACAGCAAAGUAAAAAUUACAGAGAAUCAUUGCCUAUUUUUGAUACACAAUUAAAAAACAAUAAAGAAACAAUUUUGUUAACGCUCAACCCUGACUUAAGGUCCACCUCUUGUAGAUCUCAUUCUUCUGAAAAUUGUUCCAGUUUUGUAUCAUGUGGUGCCUAUCCAUUAAAAACAUUUUCCAAAGAAUAUAAUCCUACUACAAAUAUACCCCUUCGGGAUACAAAAACAAGAUCGAGUUCAAAUGUUUUUAACAAAAGACCUUCUUCCGAAUAUAUAAGUUCCAAUAACUCAGCAUAUGUAACAACGCCUACUUCUACUAGUUAUGUUUCUUAUGGUAGCGCCCCUUACUUAUCGACAGGGUUUCACGCCCCACACCUUAUGUCAUUAUCGAAUCGUCAAGUAUUUGAUAGUAGUCCAGGUCAAAAAAGUUUUCAAUUAUCGUUGAAAGAUGGGAAAAGUCAUCGUUCACGCCCAUUAUCUAUGCAUGACACUAUUGACUAUUUGCAACACGAUCGACAACAAGUUAAAUACGAAAUGGUGUAAAUUAUUUUACUAUUUUCCAAAAUGUUUUUUAAUAAUUAAUUAAAGCUUGCAAA